AUGUCGCUUUGCAUUCUUGCCGACGGUCUGGGCGUGGGUGCCGAUCUGCAGCACGCGGCCCUGCAGACCUGGGUAAGACCGAGCCAUGAGGUUUCCGCGGCUUGGCUCGUGCGCGACUCCCAAAUCCAAGGUCCACAUCCCGGAUUUACGGUGAGUGAGGGGAGCCAACUAUGGAUCCACCAACCUUGGGGGACAGCGAUGCCCGAUGAGGCAAGCAAACAGCAGCUCAUCCAGGAACUUGUCUCACGCUGGUCGCCACCUGCUGCAUGGGCAAAUAACGAGACCCUCGCCGUGGAGAGCGUCGUGUGGCAGAUGCUCCGCCGCUGGCGGCUCUUCACGUCCCGCGAGCUCUUGGAUCAAUCAUGUGAAUGGGCUGGGUACUUUCGGGCGAACUCAUUUGUGAACACAGGAGCCAUUCGGUCCGUUCUGCAGACGUUAACAAAAAAGGCCGGCUGGUCAGAUAACAUGCCCAUAAUCCUUGGACGUGGAAUUGUGGCAGAGCAGCACGGUGUCACGAUGCCAGUGCUCAGUUGGGGCGCAGAUGUGCUGGAGGUCGUCUGGGCCUCGCGCGGGCUACUCCUGAACCGCGCCGCCUUGCGACAGAUGUCCAGAGUCGCAGCGAACUGGAACGGCGUCGCGGAACUUGCUGCAAAGUUGUCACGGCAGUUCUGGUCGCAGAUGCCUGUUCUCAUCACUGGUCUACUGUACGCCUUUGCCGGGGACGGCCAAAUGCAGGGCCUCGUUGAAUUCGCAUUUGCUGCCUCACUGCGAUCAUUCAAGAAGACUCUGAAGGUGCGGUGGAUGCCUGAGUCCAGUGAACGGUUCCUUGAGGGGAACCUCUUGCUGGAGAGGUUUGCUUUCCGCGUUGCAGCUGCUACAUUUGCGUGGUCGAAGAAGGAUUGGAGCACAGCAGGGAUGCCUAAACCGGGGCGCACUCCGCGAAGUAGAAGACUCCGUCGGCAUCUGCACCACAAGAAGUUGGCACAAGGGCAGACACGAUUCAGAGCCUCCUGCUUGCAGCGGGACGCAAGCACGACCUCUUGCGUGGGUAUGCUUCCACAAUGCGUACUGGUACUGCAUCCAGUACGUUCUUCUACGAUGAUGCGAGACAUGCAGCAGAUCGUUCCUCGCACGACGUGCCUGGCAGCCGUGGAUCUCAGAACGAGGGAAGGAGUGCCCCUUGUUUCUCCGACUUCCAAAAACCCACAAGAAAUUGGGGAAGGGAUGAAAGGGUGGCUGCAUGGCCUCAGGGCCACGGUCCGACGGGGCCAACUUUACAUGCUGGGCUCCAAGUGGACACAGCCGGGUACACCACGCCGAUCAGAUUCCGCAACUUCCCCCUGGUGCGCCUGCGUGAAGCGAAAUCGUCGAGUAUUGUCAAGGUUGGUGUCUUUCUCCUGGUCCAGAGGGGCAGACCAUGAGCUAGUUGCACGUGGUGCACAGACACCAUGUCCACAGCUGCGCUUUGCCCCGCGCUUGCCUUCUAUGUGGAAGAGACGGCUCAGUCGACCACCUGCCCUGCAUGAUGACGAAUGGAUGCGUGGCCCUGCUGGGCAGAUCCGCCUGCGGCAGCCGGUCACCAUUCUCCUGUCUCUCCCGAACAGUGGAACAACCUGGAUCAUGAAGGUCUUAGAAAACGCGCAGCAGAAGAAGGGCUGCUUCUCCGGCAGCAGCGAUAUUCUGCAUCCAAACUGCAACAGCCUGCUCACAAAGGAGCUUUCCAAAAUUGCUGGAGCUCCAGAGGACGAGAGCUGGCCCAACAUUUUCGGCUACCCGGUGCCUGCAGCAAUGGACUUGUUGCUUGAGUUGGCCACAGAGCAGAUAAACAUCGAGACUUUGGAAGAGGUGCAGGCGAUGCGCCUGUCCGGCUACACGGCGGCCGGAGAGGCCCUGCCCAGCGAAUUGGUUUGGCCAUGGAAAGGUUCGGUUUCGCGAACGUACGAUGUCACGCGUGUGGGACUGCUGCUCACUAAGGAAAUCAUCAAUGUGUUCCAGGUGUCAAAGCACUUGGAGUGGCGUCAGCGUUCUGGCCAUCGACCCGCUCUAACAGCUUUUGGAUUAUAUCGCCACCGUUCGCAUUGUUUCCCCAUGUCUGAAGCCAGCGCAAAAAUCAGCAAAGAGAGCUGGUACCAGAGAAUUCUGCAUGCGUUUGAGCUGGCAGAUUUUGCGGACGACGCGGCCAUGCGUGGCCUGCAGCACUGGUGGCUGAGUCGAGCCAACUCGGUGGGGGGCAGAGGAGGUCCUUCUGGGCUAGUCUUCGCGCACCUUGCAGCAUGGUUUCCGCUUUUGAGAGCGCAGCCCUUUGGACUUUGCAUCCUGGACUACGCUCGCUUGAUGCUCCUGGAUGGGGUGCAGCUACACCGGUACCUGAACCAUUCCUUGCCUGGGCAGUUGCUGCGAGAUCCAGGUGCUGAGAUCAUGACGAAAACCGUCAUUGCUCAGCGCUUCAGCAAUCCAGCAGCCUUCUUUGCCGAGCGUGAGAGCAGUUAUUACAAACUGGGAGCAGAGCCGUUUGCCCUUGCCGCCAUCGCGGAGAUGCGACGCUUGGAUCCCCACGUGGACCUGUCCCUUCUUGAGCCGUCGGACAUGGUCGGACAAGUUGGCCAAGUCAUUUUAUCCAGUAUGAGAAACGAAUUCAUAAGGGCCUGCAAGAUGGGUGAUGAAGUAGAGGAGGGAGAACCGAAGUAUCAGCCUGCCCGUGAGUUUCUGAAGGAAUGCCUGAGCAUUGUGUGUUUGCAUUCAUUUCACUUUCUGUUGGCUUUGUGCUUGGUGAUUGACAACGACGCCAGGUCAUGCAGGCAUGUAGAGGUAGCAUCCUUGCCGUCAGUGGUCUUGCCCAUCUCCGAUGAAAGCUGCGAGGAUGGGUCACAGAAGUUCACGGGUCAAGGCAAGGCUCUCUACCUAACUGGUGACACCUACGACGGCACUUACGUGGAGGGCCUCCGUGCAGGAAAAGGACUCUAUGUCUUCAAGAAGACUGGUGACAGCUAUGAAGGCAAGUACGAGGAGAACAGGAAGCACGGCUUUGGCAAGAUGACGUACAGGAACAAUGUCGGUGAGGAGGAGGAUGCAGAUCCACCAGAUGAGAACGCUCCGCCGCGGGGAGGCACCUAUUUGGGCAACUUCACUGCUGGCCUUCGCGGAUGCCUAGCCAACGCCAGCCCUGAGGCUCCAGCAGACGGCACUUUCACCUACGUCAAUGGAGACGCAUAUGCCGGUCAGUGGAGGGAAGGCAAGAAGCAUGGCAACGGCACAUACACGUUCGCCAAGGAUGGCACUCAGCUAAUUGGAGAAUGGGAAGAUGGCAAGAUCGUCAGUGGGAAGUGGGUGUUCCCCAAUGGCACCUUCUACUGCGGCAAGUUCAGGUACAACAAGCCUUAUGGAAAGGGAGUGUGGGUUUUCAAGAAUGGAAACCAGCUGGCUGGCGACUACCUGCAGAAGGAGCAGGCCACCGAAGACGAGCCCGCAGAGGAGACGGAGGCAGCCAAGCGAGGGGUCGAAACCCCGCAACGCAUCCUUUCUCAGCCUUUGUGCGAAAGACUUCGUCGGUUCUUUGGGCGUGGGUCUUCGCAUGGUUCUUGCUUGCUUGCUUGCUUGCUUGCUUGCUUGCUUCAGUACGAUAUAGUACGAUGA